AUAACUUCUGCUGUGAAGUAGUUAAUUAUAACAACACAUUAAAAAAAAAACCCAAAACAGGAGAAUGCUAAUAAAUUUGGAAAAGAAACUGUAUAAUUUCAUUUCCAUCAUAAUAUCACCUGGAUUGAAUUAAAAUAUGGACUUGAGAGUUAACGGAUUUCACAUUUUAAUUUUCGUUAGUUUUGUUUUAAUAAACAAAUCUGUAUUAAAUUAACAGCAGCGACGAAGAUAAUAGUUCUUCCUACUGUACACAAGUCACGUAAUCUCGCGUAAUAUCUCAUCACUAACUUCAGGAUGCCAAUAACGUUAUAUCACUAUAAACCAAUCAGCUGAACUGUUUCUUGUACAUUUAGGUACCCCAACAUAUGCAGGUCACAACCUAUGACCUUUAAGUUGGUUGCUUAUCCGAAAGAAAAUCAUUGAAUGUGAUUCGAUUUAUAAGAAAGUUAUAGAGGUGGUUAAUAGCAACUGAUGUCCUCAGUGGAGGAGGCCAAGCAGCAGUCACAAAUCAAGACUGCCCAAACUACACCCACUAAUCGACCUUCAGAUGCAACCAGUGCUGCCAGCAGCUGUGUAGUUGAUGACAACUCUGACCUAGUGCCACAGCAGCAGCAGCGGCAGAAGCGGCAGAAAGCAAAAGCUUCUGCUGAUGGUGACAACAGGAAAGCAGAAACUAUUGUUGCCAUGGAAGCAGGCAGCAACCUUACUGAAAAUGUCAUUCAUGUGAUUAGCCCUACUGCUGUGGUCGCUGCAUCUGUUGACUCUUCAACCAAUAGUGCUGUCACAGUUACACCCAGUGUUCACACCAUCACUAUAUCUGGUAACAAUUUGUCAAUUCCAUUCAGUUCUUCAUUGGCCUCCUCCACCCCCAAUGGUACCCAUAUGGUUAUGUCUCAAGAAAUAGCUGCAAAAUUGAAGGAUAGCACACUUCCUGCUGGCCAGAUUGUACAGGUGCCUGCAGCCGCUGUAACUGGUGUAGAUUGGGCUAACAAGCUUAAGGAAUUGCAACAUACUCAAAGACUGGAGCGUUUACGAGAAGAACAACAGGCUGUCAGGGAUAAACUGACACAAAAACAGCAAUUUGAACAGAAUUUCAAGCCUUGCAUUGUUUGUGGGGACAAAGCAUCAGGCCGUCACUAUGGUGCAAUUAGUUGUGAAGGAUGCAAAGGUUUCUUUAAAAGAAGUAUUCGGAAACAGCUGGGCUAUGCCUGUCGGGGUAACAAAGAUUGCCCAGUCACAAAAAUGCAUCGUAAUCGCUGUCAGUUUUGUCGUCUACAGAAGUGCCUUGCAGUUGGCAUGCGUUCUGAAUGUCCAAGUAUCACCAGUUCACCCAGUGUCUACUCCAGUUCCACCACUGAUGGGGCACCCUAUAAUUGCUACAAAAUUGAUUCCCAGAGUCUAAAAAGUGCGUCCCACCCCAAAGACGCUUGGUCCCAAUUUCAAAUUCCAGCUGUUCAGCAAGAAAGAAAGCCACCUGAUUCUGAGAAGAAAGCUCCUACAGCUAUGGCUACUUCAACUCAGAGAAUCUAUAUUCGCAAAGAUCUAAACAGUCCAGCUGCUGCAAUUCCCAAUUUUUCCAAUCGUGUAUCUGAAAUAGAGGAUGAAGAAAGUAAAUCAAAUGAGAAUUUACUUGCUAAUCUCCAGGAGAGGUUAAUCCAUACUGAUCACGGUACUAUGGUUUUAAGUUCGGCUCUUACUCAAAAUUCUCAAAAAUCUAACAAUACAGCUGCCAAUCUUAUUUCAGAUCUGAGUACUCUUGCUAGUGUAGUUACCACAUUGGCUGCUAUGGGAAAAAAUGGUGCCCAAGAAUCAACAGAUCCAAAUAGUAGUUCUGGGACAUCUACUGCUGCUAGUAGCAGCAGUAAUAGUAAUGGACAUGUUUCAUCCCCAGGAGAAAGUGCUGAUUCUGUAGUUAAAGCCUUUGACACACUUGCCCGAGCAGUGCACCAUCCACAAUCACAAAGCCAAGAAACUCAGACAGGCUUGUCACAGGGAGAGAAUGCAGAAACAGAUGAACCAGUUUUAGAAAUAGAAGGUAAUCUCCUAUCUGCAACAAACUUCCUUUUUAAUCUAAAUACGCCAUCACCAAUGCCUGCCUAUUUGAAUGUCCAGUAUAUCUGUGAAAGUGCUUCGCGACUGCUGUUUCUCUCAAUGCACUGGGUCCGCUCAAUACCAGCUUUCCAACUUCUCAAUGCAGAUACUCAGAUGCUUCUUGUACGGAGUUGUUGGUGUGAAAUGUUUGUACUUGGUCUUGCUCAAUGUUCCCAAGCAAUGUAUCUGUCCACAAUACUUGGAGCUAUUCUAAAUCAUCUACAGUCACCAUUGUCGUUUGAUAAAAACAACAGUGAACGAGCCAAAUUGGUCACAGAACACAUAAUUAAACUACAGAGUUAUGUUCACACAAUGGAAAAUCUUCAAGUCAACAAUACAGAAUAUGCUUAUUUAAAAGCCAUGACAUUAUUUUGUCCUGAUAAUACAUGCAAAGGAAGCAAGCAAGUGGAGCGGUUUCAAGAAAAGGCCCAUAUAGAACUGCGGCAUCAUAUCCAAGAACUACAUCCACAAAAUCAAAACAGACUCUCAAAAUUACUUUUACGUUUACCGCCACUGCGUUCAGUUAACCCAAGCAUUAUGGAAGAAUUAUUCUUCUCUGGUUUAACUGGUAGUGUUCAGAUAGACAGCAUAAUUCCACACAUUCUCAGGAUGGAAACAGCUGAAUACAAUUCUCAGAUGGUUGGUCAAUGUGCACCAGAAAUGACAGAACCUUCGGCUGAAACAGAAAUAUCUGCUACCAGUAAUUCAAGUACAUAGUCUAAUAUGAGACUUGUGGAUUAGGACACUGUUAAAAAGAAAGUUAAUUAUCAGUUUGGGAACUGAAUUGCUCUGUAGGUUGCGUUUUACAUCUGAAUCAAAGGGUUCUAGGAAAAUACCAAUCACUAACUCAGCAAACAUCUCUAAAAAAAAGAAGCUAACUGUUAGUGAAAGUGGUAUGGCUGCUUAUGGGACAGUGUAAGCCUCAGAAGCAUAGGCUCUUUUCAUAUGACAGGCUUUAUUUUUUUUCUUUGUAUAAUUUUUGGGGUUAUGUAUAUUUGUUAGAAAUUUUAGUUAUAGGAGGAAUAAUCCCAACGAACAUUAUGUAGAGAAAACUAGCCUAUUUUUCUUUAGACUGUGAUAUUCAAGCAAAUAAUUACUCUAGACUGAGGUAGCUUCAUAACAGGAUUUUGCAAGGAUGCCUUAAUGUUGCAACUAGCCUAGAUGACUAACUGUUUAUUUUCGUUAUUCUUCAGAUGAGGAUGUAAUAUUUUAGCUGCUUUUAUGUUGGCUUAUCAGUUCUCAGCAACAUGUCUCUUAACUUUGUCAUCUUCACAGAGGGUUUUCAUUUAUCUGCUAUUGUACAAAUGAGGGUCUAAAAUGAAAAUAUAUUUAUAGUUAUGAAUGAAAAUCUGAUCCUAGUUGGUGCAUUUGUGAAAAUACAAAACAAAAUAUUUCAAGAGGAAGAGAAAAAAGAUCUUGAAGGUAUAAUAUUAAUAUAACUUUUUCUACGUAUGAAUGAGAUUUGUCACACUUUCAUCUAUUUACUAAACAUUUUUAUUUACUCAUCAUUUUCAUCUCCGAGUUCAUCAGCUAUCAGCAACAUUAAUCUUCAUUUCCAUUCAUUGAUUUGUCUUGUACACAAAACCUUAGCUUAAUGUUAAGCUACAUUGACAAUAUUUAUUCAUUUAUUUUAAAUUAAAGAUUAGCAAAAAUUUAUUGUAUUUUUAUCUAUUGUAUGAUUGUAUAGUUAGGUACUCUAUUUUAGCGAACCAUCAACGAGUUUUCAUUUAGUCACCUAUUUUUAUAGCAGUUUAUAAAAAUCUAUUUUAACUUCAACGUUAUUUUGAGGAAAUGAUUGCUCUGAUAUGAUGGUAAACUUGAUUAAAACAACAGAAAGUUAAUUCAUUAGUAUGAUUUAAUAACAUGCAAAAUUUGUGCAAAUUUGUAUUUUAUAGUUUUUUUUUUUCCUGACAGUGUUCUCUCCCUUCAUAAAUAUGUCCAAAACAAAAACCACUAUUACUAACAGAAGAAUUAAUUUAUAUAGAAAAUCCGUUACUAAAUUUCUCCAGUUGGAUUUCUAAAUCAAGUUUUUGAUAAAGUUAGAUGCUUCUAAAACCUAAAGAGUUAUGAUCUUAACUGUUGUCAUAAUUUUCUUUUGAUGUAAUCAAAGCGUUAUCCCCCCCCCCACUACCGUCACUGUUGUUUUUUCGAUAUGAUUUUGUUAUGAUUUUUAGUAAAAGCAUUCAUAUUUAUCUUUAUAUGGGAUUCUCUUCUGAAUUUAAUACAUAUUUCAAUGUUGAUUAUAUAUUUUUGCUUACAUGUGUAAUGGGCGAAUAUGUUUGUUGAAUUUAUAUUUUGUCUUAUUAAUUGUUCAAAAUUAUAUUUCUGCUAAAAACACUGCCUUCAAAUAAAACACCAUAGAGUUUCUGAAAGAAAAAAAAAAAGAACCCCAAAAAGCAAAACCCCCAAAUACCCCAAAGUAAUAAGGGCCCUGGUAUAACAAGAAAACACUUCUCUUAUGUUCUUUCAUUAUUGAAACCUAAACAUUGCUUUUAUUAUGAUCUUAAGAGCUGAGCAUACCAUAAUAAUUAAAUUGAUGAAAUUUAGAAAUGUUUUGCAUAAAAUAACAUUUGUUUGCCAGCAUAUCUCAACAUUUAUCAUCUCUAAUUUUUUUAGCAGUUCAUAGUGCCAGACAACUACUUUGCCAUUGUUCUGAGAUUAGGUUCUAUCAUACAUACAUACAUACAUGGCUGUUUAACUACAGAGAUGUUUUAUUUUUUUUUGUUUCUUAAAAUUUUACAGUGAAAUUUGAAUAAGCUUUU